CGCCAUCACAAUGCUGCAACUACUACCAUCUGAAGUCCAACUUCUUAUCGCACAGCACCUCGGGACUGCCGAUAAAGCAGCCUUGGUGCUCACAUCGCACCAUUUUUACAGCCUCGUUAUUCCCUCUCUCUACGAAAAUAUCGAAAACACCUACGAUCAGGGGCUGAUGCGGCUUGUAGACACCCUUGCCCGGAACCCAUCGCUCCGCGCAUUCCCUCGCAGCCUCACAUUGGAGGCAUGGGACACGCCAUCGACAGACAAUCCCGCCGACGUUUGGAUCGAUCCCCAUGAAGAGGAACUGGACUUUCCUGGAUAUAGACUAGGCUUGCUCUGUCGCCUCGCAAAGGCCGCGUGCCCUGUUGAGAACGAGGCGGUUACGUGGUGUAGGCAUCUCAGAAACAGCAAUGCGGAUGCUUUGCUAGCACUGAUUCUUACCCUCGUUCCUAACCUCUUCCGACUGGAGGUGCAAUUUCCCAAAUCCGUUGGCUGGGUACAGCGGGUUAUCGAGUGGGCAGUAGCCCAGGCGCAGCCCAUCGCAUCGCUAGGUGCGCUCCAGCGCCUGAAAGAGGUUUAUGUCUCAGCACAAUGGCUCGAGUUUCAGGACAAGAAUCAAGAUGUCACGCGGUGGACGCUGAUGUUCCUUGGCUUACCAUCUCUACGCCGCAUCACGACGGAUGGACUCUUUCAUGAUGAGGACGAGACAAUGUACAAGUCUACAUCAUCAUCUGUUACUCAGAUCAGGCUUGACUACUCCAUCGGCGUCUAUGACCUCGACAGGCUCAUCAGGCAUUGUCCGAACCUUGAGUCAUACCGACACCACUAUUCCGUGCGAUCUCGACGUAGGCACUUUCUGAACCCUCGUGAGUUGUAUCCUGGCUUCUUGCUAGCUUCGCACAGCCUGAAGGAACUUUGGCUGGAUAUCUUCCCCACAUUUAUUAUUAAAAGUGACAGUGGCGUGCAUUGGCAAACUUUCAAGACCUUUCCCCUGCUCGAGCUGCUCCAUGUGCCUUAUUUUCUCCUGGGACAGUAUAAAGCGGACACUCUCGCAGAUCUCGCGGCCAUGCUCCCCUCCUCCCUCAAGAAACUCCAUGUGACGGAGAUUGACAAAACCACCCUGGAGAGUGUGCUAAGAUCCUGUUUGGAAUACGUGCUCGUUGCACCGGCCCAGCUCAGCCAGCUCAUAAUCGCAACUAUGAGCACCUUGGCUGACAGAGACGGCAUUAUGACGGCGGUUGAGAUGGAUACGAACAGGCGAAUACCGGAUUUGACGCCUGCCGAGCGGGCUGCUCCCGCAAUCAAGUAUGCGACGGAACUGUCUACGCGCUGCAGCCCCCUCGGUAUUCGCUUUGGCAUCUACGAGCCUCAGCGAUCCAACGUUCUGGCGCCUUGGGCCCCUUUUGACCCGUUUGAAGAGGCGCGAUGAUUUCCAUUUCAAUCACGAACUAUGUGUCGCAACAAAAUUAUCGGUUGGUUUUCGAGAGGAGGUGGGUGGCUGGGGAGGGGUAGGGGUGCGGGACAUGCUUUAUGAUUUUCAAUAACGGGCAUGAAUAGCCCUUUUGGGGUUUUUUGCUACCUCCAAUUUCUUUGCCGUUCUAUUUAUCUUGAUGAGGUACGAGCAUAGCAGUCGUCUUACUCUUGAACCCACAGUUCCCCUUUUUGGCCCGCUCUGCGCUACCUUGAACAUGUAUUUCACGCCUGGGUGACGUUGUAACCCAGCGCUGACCACGUUUAGUAAGAAACAGCGGUUGAUAUUGGCUACUCUGCCCAAUAUGACUUUGUACCGAUUUAAAGCUAAUCUUGGGCUUAUCCUCUAGGUUAGCCACAUAAAUAUGUAGUGGCCAUAAUGUGAAAGGGAAAUGGGAGUUUCUAAUGUCACAAUCAAAAACACCCACCCUGCAGCUCCAACCCUCCCUCGUCUCUCACCACAUCAUCCAUCUCCUACCCUUUCGCCAUGUCCUCCAUAUCAGCAACAACAGCCGCCCAAUGGUUCCCAACAACCAACAUCUCCUCGCGAUACAACCACACAACCCCCAGCAGCGCUCCAUUCCCACCAAGCACGGUCACAGCCACAGCACAUCCAAUCAAGAAGACCCAGCUACGCCUGAUAUACCCAGCCCUCUUCAUAUCCCAAAUCAGCAGCGCGAUCCAGACCUCAUUCGCGAAUCCAAAGAACACCUGGUCCCAUUUGAGCGUUUCGGCGAAUAGCUCGGCGAAAUUCAUGCUACCCACCCCAGAUGUGAUCGGGCUGAAGAGCUGCAGGGCUUCGGAAAUGGAAGGGGAUGUCCAGAGGGUGUACUGCCAGACAGCGGCGGAGAAGAGCACGAGUGGGAUGAUGGUCCGGCGGAUGGAGGGGAAGUCGCCCGUGGGAUUUGGCAUGAGGCGGUCUUGGAGGGAUGUAUUGGGGACAAGGUCCGACAGCCCGUAUUGCAUGGCGGCGAUCCAGAUGGGGAAUAACUCCCAAAUAAAUGCGGCGGUUUGACGGGUGGACGGGCUCGGAGAGAGGUAGGCUGUCAGAAAAGUAGUAGAUCGGCACGAAGAUGGCAAUGCCUUUUAGGUUGAGGAGGCCCCAGAGAAGGGCACUGGGCACUGUUAGUAUUAUUCACAUGUUGACGUAGGCAGGGGCUAAUACUAUUGCAUGAUGCAUAAAAUGCGCGCGACUGACAAUGAAUCGCAUGACGCCUAGUCGGGCGAACUCGUCUACCAUGGGAACCCCAUAAAAGGUCUCUGGGAUCUGAUCUUCGACGUGCGUCCCGUUGGAGGAAGCCCAGCGAUACACUCCUGCGUUGAGCACCUGCGCUGCGCCCUCCAGGGGAACCACUGCAGCCAUAGACAAGAACCCGCCUAAUGCCAAGAGCAGCAAUGGGAGUGCGCGCAAUGCCCGACCGCGUUUUGACUCGCCCAGUCCGAUCCCCAGUUCCGGGUUGAAGGGCAUCGUCCCUUGCAAUGAUCGUCUGGGAAGCGGCAAAUAUUCGAUUCGCGCCGCGCCCACGGCAUCACCACAGAGCUGGUCGGCUCGGGCAUCGCCAGCACGCGGGAAGAGAAGGGCUGCAGCAAUCUGGUCUAAUGGGGUUCGCAGGGCCUGCAACCGGGCGAGGGCACCUGCCUGCCGGAUCAGAGCCGUGGUUCGGAUGUGUCGUCUUCGGGUGUCGAACUCGCUUACUGCAUUCUCAAUUGCACGCGUGGUCAAGGGUUUGGAAUUAUCCCGAGCACUGUUCAGCCUAUGCAGGAUAUUGGCCAGGGCCGCCGCAUGGUCAAUGGCCAGCAUGCCGCCAGACCCCGUCUGCGGCGUCAUUUUGUGUGCGCCGUCGCCAAUGAUCACGAACCUGCCUGCCGUCCAUCGCUUGUAGUCUGCUUCCUCCAGGGGCACGAGUGUUGCAGUACGCCGGGACUUCCAAAGUUGGCCCAUGGUGAUGCCUCCCUGCACAGGGAGGUUGGCGUGCUGCUGGGCGAACGCGGCAGUCUCCUGCGCAGAGAAGCGCGG